CAUCAAAAGUUUAUUACAAUACAAUUUACAUUUUCUUAUUCGUUUACACAAUUACUAUAACUUCGUUUAAUAUAUUAUUCGUGGUAUGUUUAAUUCCACAGAAACUUUUAAACAGUUACUGAAUAUCAACGAUUUAUUUCGUCAUGUAUUAAAAAAACGUAUGGACGAAACGUGGAGGAAUGGUAUUGCUGAGAAUUGUGGCUAAUGCGAAGGGGAGAAGAUCACGCUCCAAGGGAGAGGAGAGAGGGGGGUGCGACCCUUAUCUCCGCGGAAAACGACGCGCGCACCAUCUAUUAGACAAAUACACUCAAGUUUUAAGAACAAAAGAAAGUGCACAGUAACCGCACUUCCAAUACUUUGGGUCAUGCAAAGAUCGCUGCUUUUGAUGCAUUUAGUUGCAGCAGGAAUUUUUGAUGACAUCCCUUCUUUUUAUUUUAUUUUAGUAAAAUAUGAUAUCCCAUAACCAAAAUUGAUAUUAUCACACCAAGAAAUAAGUGAAACAAUAAUAUUUUGAAAUAAGAUACUCAGUUAUCGGGCUACGCGUUAAGCGAGUAAGUGAGAGCGCGCUCGGCGGCGUGGGAGGGGCCCCCGCGUCCCAUGCCACACUCGUUCGCCAUCAGUCGCCCCUAAGUCUCAGGUUUGCACACAGCAUCCCGACACUUUAUCGCCUUAUAUUCGCUACAAAAAAACAUGUAAACCCGUUUAAAUUACUUCAAGUUUAAUAUGUAAUUUUGCUCGUAUCGUAUCAGUCAAUCGUUGGCGUACAGUACACAAAAAUGGUGUUUAAUACUUACUACGCUACGCGGUUUACCGGCUUGUUAUUGUUAAACGCAGUGAUGUUGUCAGCACAGUCUUUUGCAGUGGAGAAAAUCGCCGUUGGCGCAAUUUUCGACCAGAACACAGAGGAAAUUCAGAAUGUCUUCAAGUACGCAUUGGCUGUCCACAACCAGAACAUCAGCAGCCGACGCUUAGAGCUGCAAGCCUACGUUGACGUCAUCAACACCGCUGACGCUUUUAAACUGUCCAGGCUGAUAUGCAACCAGUUCGCACGCGGGGUGUUCGCUAUGCUCGGUGCGGUGACCCCGGAAUCCUUCGACACCCUACACUCGUACACCAACACGUUUCAAAUGCCUUUCGUCACUCCGUGGUUCCCAGAGAAGGUCAUUCCUCCAUCUUCGGGCCUUAUUGACCACGCUCUCAGCAUGCGACCAGACUACCACCGAGCCAUCGUAGACACUAUACUCUACUAUGGAUGGAAGGAAAUCAUCUACAUGUAUGACUCACACGAUGGAUUGUUGAGACUUCAACAGCUGUACCAGACCAUGCAGCCAGGCCGCACCGCGUUCCGUAUCGCACUCGUGAAGAGAAUUAAUAACGCGUCUGAUGCCAUGGAAUUCUUGUUGGCUUUAGAACAAUAUGACCGCUGGGGGAACAAGCGCAUAGUGCUAGAUUGCAAUGCAAAAAAUGCCAAAAGCAUAUUGGUGGAACAUGUUCGGAAAGUACAAUUGGGACGCAGGACCUAUCACUACAUGCUCAGCGGGCUGGUUAUGGACGAUCAUUGGGAGAAUGAAGUAACAGAAUACGGCGCAGUCAAUAUAACUGGGUUCCGCAUCGUCGACCACUCGCGCAAGAUUGUACGCGAUUUCAUGGACGGUUUGCGGCGAAUGGACCCUCGGUUCAAGGGGACCAUAUCGGCGGAGACCGCUCUUAUGUAUGAUGGUGUUCAAGUAUUGAUGGAUGCAUUGGGGAGACUAUGGAGGAAGAAACCAGAUGCCUUCAGAAGCGCCCUGCGACGAGCCGCGGGUCAGGCGAAUUCAACCAAAGUCAUAGAUUGUAAUCCUGGUAAAAGUUGGGUAAUACCGUUCGAACAUGGCGACAAAAUCUCCAGACUAAUUAAAAAGACGGAUAUUGAAGGUCUCACUGGAAAUAUUUCCUUUAACGAAGAAGGACAUCGUCACAAUUUCUCUCUACAUAUCGUGGAGAUGACGGUGCAAAGCGCUAUGCUGAAGGUGGCUACAUGGAGCGAUGCUCAUGGCUUACAAGUAGCCUCGCCUCGAUAUGUCCAGCUUCGUUCACCAGCUUCUUAUGAAAACAACAAAACGUAUGCAGUUACAUCAGUCCUCCAAGAUCCUUACCUCAUGCAGAAGCCAAUUGUGCACGGACAGAAAGAAGAAUUCUUUGGGUUUUGCAAAGAUUUAAUGGAACUUAUUGCAAAGAAAAUGGGAAUCAAAUAUGAAAUAAAGUUAUCUAAGGAGGCAACAUACGCGAAAGACGCUAUACCUGACAUUUUCACGGGCGUUGUAGGCGAUAUCGUGAGAAAGGAAGCUGAUAUAGCAAUCGCACCGUUAGCUGUGACGCCCGAACGAGAACUAUUAGUGGACUUCAGCGAGCCGUUCCUCUCCGUGAACACGCCCAUAGCGUACACGAAGACCCCAAAACAGUUAACCGACACCUUCAGUUUCCUACGGCCCUUAUCGAAAGAAAUAUGGCUCUGUGUGUUGUUCAGUUUCUUCGCUGUCAGCAUAGUACUAUUCUUAGUAUCACGAUUCUCCCCGCAUGAGUGGCGAUCAGUUUCAAUAUCAGAUACGCAACUGGAUCACGCUAUAAGCAGCACUAGCGAGAUAAUUUUACACAACGAGUUCAGUAUUUGGAAUUCGUUCUGGUUUUCGCUGGGAUCUUUUAUGCAACAAGGCAGCGAUGUGGUUCCGAGGUACGUAAUAAAGUCUCGUACACGCUCCCUGCUAUUCAGAACUAUUCAAGAUAAAAAAUCCAAAUGGAAAACAACAGUGCCGGUUGCCAAUGCGUGAACAUUUUAAGUAAUGCGGUCAAUAUUACGGUCCGGGCUUGGAAUUCUAGAUUAAAUUCCAUGUCUUGUGUUAAAUUGCGCAUACUUCGAAUACAGGAUACCUAGGAAGUCGAGUAGUAUACUUAGACUGGACGGCAAGAAGCAGCAGGAUUGUUCAGGACGUAAUUAUAUCAAGGCAGUUCAUGUCAGAAAUUUAGCUGUUUUUUCCCAAACCAUUCGAUUUCAAUACAUCCCUUAUUGAGAAACUCAAAGUUUUACUACAAAAUAAUCAUCCACUGUUGUUAAAUGCAGCCGAUUCUUCAGCUGCAAACAAAACAAUCGAAAUAACAUAACUCAUAACUAAUCUGUACAAGAAAGUGAUAAUAGAGCAAGCUAGAACUGGCCUUAGCGAUAACAAUACUUCAUUGGAACGCAUCCAAGCUAUUAUCCAACAAUCUCAGCAUACAAUCUGUUUGUUGGAGAACCUCCGUCAAUUUGAAGCGGACACAUUACUGCGCUGAUAGACAGCACAAUACUAUUGUGGAAAAGGCAGCAAUCGAACGAUACCCGUGUGUGUAUUGCUAACUGCAAAAUAAAUACAUAUGAACUAAAUGCCAUCAAUAAAUCUGCUAUGCUUGUCGA